CUUUCUGUACAGAAGUUCUAGUUUGUCCUUCUUGCAAAAAGGGCAAAAUUUACGGGAUUUCUACACUCUGAGUUUCGACAGCUGUUUGAUGUAUUAUCUGAUUGAACGUCCGGUUGCUAAAGAAGACAUGUGAUGUUGAUGUAUUUAAUAUCCAAAAAAGAGACAGAUGAAAACCAGACAUACAAGAAAACCAAGCAAUUCAUCUUUUUAAUAAGAAGGAAAAUUUAGCUAUUAACUACUAGAGAACCCUUCAUCUCCCCUCCCUCCUUAGCGGGUAGCAGACCAUGUCCAGUAUCCUGGAGAGUAUUUUCUUAAAGAGGUCACAGCAAAAACGCAAGACAUCACCUCUCAACUACAAGAAGAGACUUUUUGUUUUAACAGAGUCUAAAAUCACAUACUAUGAAUAUGACUUUGACAAAGGACGCCGUGGAAGUAAGAAAGGAUCUGUGGACUUAGAAAAGGUGGUAUGUGUUGAAAGUGUUGAGCCAGAGGAAAAUCCACCACCAGAGAGACAGAUACCGAACAGAGAAGACUUUGCAGACACAGAGCAAAUCUCCAUUAUAGAGCGAUUCCCAUAUCCUUUUCAGAUAGUGUAUGAUGAUGGGCCCCUCUAUGUGUUUGCUCCCACAGAGGAUCUGCGAAAACGCUGGAUUCACCAGUUGAAACAUAUUACCAGGUUUAACAGUGAUGUGGCCCAAAAGUAUCACCCUUUCUUCCAUCAGGAUGGGCAGUAUCUGUGCUGUGCUCAAACUGCAAAGAAUGCUCUGGGAUGCCAACUGCUACAUGGUGCCAACGGUAUACGGACAAAUGAGCGCUCACAACGUAGAUCCAGGAAACCACUACCACCUGCACCGAAUGAAACUCAGACAAAAGUAACAAAGCCGCUACCACCAGCCCCCACCUCACCUGUACAUUCAUCAGGACCCCGCAAGGUGGUAGCUAUGUAUGACUUUACACCAUUGAAUGUCCAAGACCUUCCAUUACACAAAGGAGAAGAGUAUCUGCUAUUGGAAGAAAGCAGUGGACAACCCUGGCUGAGAGCAAGAGACAAGAAUGGACGGGAAGGAUUUAUACCUGGAAACUACGUCACAGAAGCCCAGGAUCCUUUGGAAAUAUAUGAAUGGUAUUGCAAGAACAUGACAAGGAGUCAGGCAGAGCAACUUUUAAGAGCUGAGGGUAAAGAAGGAGGCUUCAUUGUGAGAGAUUCCAGCAAAGCUGGAAAAUAUACAGUAUCUGUGUAUGCAAAAUCAUCAGGCGAUGGGAUUAUCCGUCACUACGUCGUGUGUGAGGCACCUGGCAAUCAAUACUAUCUGGCUGAAAAACAUCUUCACUCGUCUAUACCAAAACUGAUCAGAUAUCACCAGCACAAUGCAGCAGGUCUGAUUUCAAGGCUUAAAUAUCCUGUAUGCUCACUUAGGAAAAGUGCUCCAUCCAUUGCAGGUCUGGGAUAUGGCUCCUGGGAGAUUGACCCAAAGGACCUGACAUUCUUGAAGGAGCUAGGGGAUGGGCAGUUUGGAGUGGUUAAGUAUGGCAAAUGGAGAGGACAACAUGAAGUGGCUAUAAAGAUGAUCAAAGAGGGUUCCAUGUCUGAAGAUGAGUUCAUUGAAGAGGCAAAAUGUAUGAUGAAACUGUCUCAUGAGAACCUGGUGCAGUUGUAUGGUGUUUGUACAAAGCAGCGGCCGAUUUUCAUUAUAACUGAAUAUCUGUGCAAUGGCUGCCUCCUUUCCUUCCUGAGGGAAGCACGAGUAAAGGUGGCUCAGGGAGACUUACUUUCCAUGUGCAGUGAUGUGUGUGCAGCAAUGACAUAUCUCGAAUCGAAUCAAUUUUUACACAGAGAUCUGGCUGCCAGGAACUGCUUAGUAGCUGGAGAUGGAACAGUAAAAGUUUCAGAUUUUGGUCUUUCAAGGUAUGUCCUGGAUGAUGAGUAUACUAGCUCACUGGGCUCCAAGUUCCCUGUAAGAUGGUCCCCACCAGAGGUUAUUCUGUACACCAGGUUCAGCAGCAAAUCUGAUGUGUGGGCAUUUGGAGUCCUAAUGUGGGAAGUAUUUACGCUUGGAAAAAUGCCAUACGAAAGGUUCACUAACAGUGAGAUUGCGGAUCAGAUAACAAGAGGUGUCCGUCUCUACAGACCUCAAAUGGCAACAGAGCGAAUAUACAGCGUUAUGUGCAGUUGCUGGGCAGAGAGGCCAGAUGACCGACCUGCCUUCCGAAUUCUACAUUCUGCCAUAUUGGAAAUUAUGGAGGAUAUGUGACAAACGUUAAACAAACUGUGUAUAUUAUAUAGUAAUAAGUUGUCCGUGCUGGGGUUUUAAUGAUUUCCUUUCUUAAUCUCAAGUUCAUUAAAUAGGUUUAUUUUGGUUUCAAAGACAGGGCUUGCAUAUAGUUGCAUGUAUAAAGAACUUUUAAUAAAUACUAUUAAAAUCAGAACAGAUUGCCCUUCUGGAUGUUUGCUGAUAGCACAUAAGAACCAAGGGGGUUGCAAUUUCUUAAUAUUACUGUUAUUUUAAAUGA